AUGACCGCCACCAAGAACAAUGGGCAGCCGCAGCUGCUCUUCGUCGAUGGAACCUUUGAGGAGCUAGCCAGGGAAAUGGCUGAAUACCUUAAGGCCGAGGAAGCUGCCCAGCUGCUGAGCAAGGAUAAGGUGUCAAAGGAGGAUGUUUUGGCCAAGUUGGUUGCUGCUUCAGCCGGUCUCAGCACCGUCCCCGAGAAGGAAUAUACCGCCGCUUCGAACCUCAUGAUCCACCUCGUUUUGCAGUCGGCCGACUCCAAGAAGUAUUUGCAGACACUGUGCGCCAACCUCGCCAAGGUCCCUGUCAAUUCGUCCAUCCACGGCCCCGGAUUGUCGCUGAAUGCCCUGACGACCGUUUUCAACCUGCUCGCCCCGGAGGAUGGUAUCCGCGCACGCAUCUUCCUCGAGAUCAUCAAGUUCCUGAGGGCACACGGCAUGUUUGACAGCUUGCGGCUGUAUCUGGACAAGCUGGGCGACUGGCUCGAGUCAUGGGAUGCUAGCGAGGAGAUUGAGCGCAUGAUUUACGAAAACGUUGCCGAGGCGGCUCUGGAGGCUGGCGAGGAGUCCAUCAGCUACGACUUUAUCCUCAAGGCGCUGCGGACGUUUGACGCCGACGAAAAGGACGAGAUUACCUCUGAGGAGGCGCAAAGAUUAUCCCUGCGCGCCGUCAAGAUGGCCAUUCUGUCCAACACCUACUUCCUCUUCCAUGACCUUCGUGUCAUCCCUAGCGUGCAGGCCCUCAGCGACUCGCACCCCGUAUACUCCCAGCUCCUCGACAUCUUUGCCGAGCAAGACCUCGAGGACUACAACGACUUCAACGAGGAGCACGAAGGCUGGGUGGAGCAGCAGAAGCUCGACCACGAGAAGCUCCAUCGCAAGAUGCGCCUGCUCACGUUUGCCAGCCUCGCAGCCGCCACGCCCAGCCGCGAAAUCGAGUACGCUAAGAUCGCCAAGGCUCUGCAGAUUCCCCAGGAGCACGUUGAGAUGUGGGCUAUUGACGUGAUUCGCGCCGGCCUGGUGGAGGGCAAGCUCUCCCAGCAGCGCGGCAUGUUCCUCGUGCACAAGGUCACGUACCGCGUGUUCGGACAGAAGCAGUACCAGGAGCUAUCCACCCGCGUGGACCACUGGCGCACUACGCUCCAAAACGUUUUGGGCGUCCUGCGUCAAGAGCAAGCCAACGCCAAGACUCAGAAGGAGCGUGAGAUUCAAGAACUGGAGCGCAAACUGAACAAUGCAGGAAUAUCCGGUGGUCAGGGCGGUGGCAACCGACGACAACAGAACCAGCAACGCGAGAGGACUGACAAUGACGACUAA